AUGAUGCAUUUUCUAUGCGGGGUGAUACGCCAGAAUCAUACGCCUGGCCGAAGAAACCGGAUAAAAGGAGAGAAAACUUACGAUGAAGAACUUGAGACCGAAAAGGUACAGGCCGCCACGAACGGACCCGAAGAAUACGGUCGCAUCCGGACGCACAGUAUAGAAGAACGAGUGUUCGACCCACAUCCCAGGGGACUGAACGCGAACAGCCUUUUUCUUCGACCGAGAGAGCCUCACCUCGACCGAGAGAGCCUCACCUCGACCGAGAGAACCUCACCUCGACCGAGAGAGCCUCACCUCGACCGAGACAGCCUCACCUCGACCCGAAGACGCACGUCCCUGUGCUCGCUCGUGGCCUCCUUGGAGGCGAUCCAGACGAGAGGAUUGGAUUCUUCGAGGCGAUGCCGAACCGGUCGUCAGGAUCCCCAGACCUCACGGGUCACAUCUUGCGGUCCGACGACGCUUCGCUUCGAACCGUCCCGUCGACCCUACCGUUCUCGGAGGGAAACCAUUAACCAUUUCCCUGCACGUACAAACGCGAAUGGCCGAGCUCGUGCUGCCAUCUUCCAAAUCAACGCGUCAGAUGAGGGUGAAGUGUUGUCGAUGGAGCCCGGUCAGUUCGUUUUCCGGAACCUCUCGCGACUCGUCCUGGAAGACGACGCCGAUGACGUCACGACACGAAAGCUAUAUAAGGGCCAGGACGAAUGCAUCGACACGACCGACCCCCCGCUCCCCCCGUGCCACUGCGGGCUGUCCACGUGCGACUACGAGUCUCCAAACGAUGUUCAGUGCUUCAUCCGGUGCCGGGAGGCUUUCCCUAACGAUAUCGUGGUCGGUGUCUGCCCGUCCGAAGGAAACGACUGCCUCUGCUUCUGCAACGACAGGGCCCAGAUCCCUCCGGACUGUCCAGGGCAGGUGAACCUCCUUCCAGCACCAAGAACGCAGGAUAUCCACUGCAGCGUGGAUAUCUCGUUCAAACCUGUCUCCAGCAGUUUGGUCUCCUGCUGGGAAGAACUGCAUACCCACCCACCCCUCCUCAGGGAGGGACCACUCCUCCUCCACAUAGCAAAAAUGAGGAAUGUGGCUGCUCGAAGCCGAGGGGGAUGUGACCACUCGUCCCUGCUGAAAAAACCUCAUGAGAAUCUCAAAAGGAAACCUCAUGAGGUUUUCGGGCAGAGGUCUCAUGAGAAUGACCUCAUGAGGUUUGAAACAGAUAUCUCAUGA